GGGAUAUAGGGGUGUGUGAGUAGCGGUACGCUGGUCUGGCUUUCAUUUGGAAAUCAAGUGUUCUGUGAGGAAUUUUUAUCAUUGGUGGCCGGUGAGGAUGGAAAUAAGGCCUUUGCUUAUGUGCUUUGCUUUGUGUGUGGUGUAUGCCACUAGUAAGCCCACAGAAAAGAAGGACCGUGUCCACCAUGAUGCGCCUCUCAGUAGCAAGGAGCAUGAUGACACAGAGAACUUUGAAUACGACCACGAUGCCUUUUUGGGAGAGGAGGAGGCCAAGACCUUUGAUGAUCUGACCCCAGAGGAGAGUAAGGAUCGGCUUGGCAAAAUUGUGGACAAGAUUGAUGCAGACCAGGAUGGCUUUGUCACAGAGGCAGAACUGAAGGCAUGGAUCAAGAAGGCUCAGAAGAAAUACAUUUAUGACAAUGUAGACAGACAGUGGAAGGACUUUGAUGUGAAUAAUGAUGGGAGGGUGUCUUGGGAAGAGUACAAGAAUGUUACAUAUGGCUCAUACCUGGAUGACCCAGAGCCAGAUGAUGGCUAUAACUACAAGCAGAUGAUGGCCAGAGAUGAGCGACGUUUCAAGAUGGCAGAUAGAAAUGGAGACCACAUUGCAGAUAAAGAGGAGUUCACCGCUUUCCUCCAUCCUGAGGAGUAUGAACACAUGAAAGAUAUUGUGGUGUUGGAAACCAUGGAGGACAUUGAUAAGAAUGGGGAUGGUUUUAUUGACCUGGAGGAAUACAUUGGUGAUAUGUACAACCAUGAGGAUGAAAUGGACGAACCAGAGUGGGUAGCGACAGAGCGGGAGCAGUUUUCUGAGUUCAGGGACAAGAACAAGGAUGGGAAGAUGGACAAAGAGGAGACCAUGGACUGGAUCCUUCCCUCCGAUUACGACCAUGCCGAGGCUGAGGCAAAACACCUGGUGUAUGAGUCUGACACUAAUAAAGAUGGCAAACUCACCAAAGAGGAAAUAGUCAACAAGUAUGACUUAUUUGUGGGAAGUCAAGCAACGGAUUUCGGGGAGGCGUUAGUACGGCACGAUGAGUUUUAAUGUUCUUUUGUAGUUAGAUAAAACUUUUAAAUUUGACCUGACAAAAAUAUUUAUUUUAUACAGUAUGCAGUUCAAAUACUAAACCAACUCUACUUGGUUUUUUUUUUAUGUUCAAUUGUUUUUGCAUCCAGAAUUAAACUUCCAUGUUAUUUUGUAUGUAAUAUUUUCUUGUAAUACACAUUCCCCUACAUUUGUGUUCACUGAAAUAGUAUUUUUACUACGUGUUGAACUCUCACCAGUAUAUUAACCUACAUGGUAUACAUUUAUGCUUCAGAGCAUGGCAAGAUCUUUAAAUCUUUAUCUAGCAGUUGAAAGUGUAAUGCAGAGUAUAGUCCGUGAUGGGCUAGAAUGCCUCACUCUCAUCAAAGGCUCUUUAUACUGCCACAUGACUGGACUUUUACAUGUCAAACCAACUUGGACUAUGCCUCACAGUCAUACACAGUCACAGUAGCCAAGAGACAGAGAGAGAAAAAGGUGCAGAUUUCCUUCCUAUUCCAACUUUAUAUCUCCUUAAUCAGUUUGUGCCUUUUCUAGUCUAGUUGUGACUCUUGUGUCUAAAUGAGAAACAGUAAACUGAUGUUAUCUUAAGAGCAAACGAGGCUGCUGCACUGAAGAUUUGUGUUAGCUUUUUUUGUUUGUUUGUUUUGUUUAUUUGUUUUGGGGGGGGGUUUGUUUGGUUUGGUUUUGUUAUUUGCUUAAGAGCAGAUUUUCCUUCUUGGUGGAUCCCACUAAAAGCAGCUCUCUGACAUCACAUGGUGUGUUUUGUUUUUCAACACAGUGUUAUUAUUUCUUUUGGAGAGCUCUCAUCCCCUCGUUUUCAAAGCCUGAAUCAGCAAUGGUUCCUCUGAUUCUGAGGUCCUGUUUAGCACAUGUCACAUAUUUGGGAACAGACCCAUAACAUUAGUUAAAGCACCUUUUUUUUUGCCAGUAUAUUGAUAGUGCUUUUGUAUGAACAAAAUGUCUUGAACCUGUUCUAAAGGGUGUUGUAGACCAAGCCUGUGUUACUGAGCUCUCGCUGUGUCAGCGGCCUCCUGUUCUGACUAUAUUACAACUGCUGGGACCUUCAUGGACCGGUCAGUAUAUGAUUAAACCAGAAUGCAGUACAAUGCAGAUGUCAUUUGUGAUUAUGUUUGUUUAGACUUUCCCUUUCACUAUUGAUGUGCAGAAUAUGUGAACAUGUAAGGAUUUGAAACAAGUUCUCAAUAAAAAUAUUAUUUGGGAAAA